CUUCCAAAACUACAACUAAUAUGUCACAUUAUAUAAUAUUGAAUACAAAAAAAAAUGUCACAUUAUAUAUCACACAAUUUUCUUCUUGUUAUUUUCAGAGUCCUAACGCUAUUGUCAUCAUUUUUCAUAAGUGUUGUUGUAGUGAGCUGAAGUUGAUAGCAUGGCAGUUGAAAGGGCUGGAAUUGCCAAAGAUGUUACAGAAUUGAUUGGGAACACCCCUUUAGUAUAUCUGAAUAGAAUCGCGGAUGGUUCUGUUGCUCGGGUUGCUGCCAAACUCGAAUUGAUGGAACCAUGUUCUAGUGUAAAAGAUAGGAUUGGCUAUAGUAUGAUUGCUGAUGCGGAGGAGAAGGGGCUCAUUACGCCUGGCCAGAGCGUGCUCAUUGAGCCAACAAGUGGUAAUACGGGCAUCGGAUUGGCCUUCCUAGCAGCAGCCAAAGGCUACAAACUUAUCAUUACAAUGCCGGCUUCAAUGAGUCUUGAAAGAAGAACCAUUCUUCUAUCCUUUGGUGCCCAGUUGGUUCUGACAGAUCCAGCAAAGGGAAUGAAAGGGGCAGUUCAAAAAGCUGAAGAGAUAUUGGCCAAGACUCCAAAUGCCUAUAUACUUCAGCAAUUCGAAAACCCUGCCAAUCCAAAGGUGCAUUAUGAAACCACUGGUCCAGAGAUAUGGAAAGGCACAGGAGGAAAAGUUGACGCGUUUGUUAGUGGUAUUGGUACCGGUGGUACCAUAACAGGUGUUGGGAAAUAUCUUAAAGAGCAGAAUCCCGAUAUCAAGCUGUAUGGUGUGGAGCCAGUUGAAAGUCCUGUACUCUCUGGAGGAAAGCCUGGUCCGCACAAGAUUCAAGGGAUUGGAGCUGGUUUUGUUCCUGGUGUAUUGGAUGUUAGUCUUGUUGAUGAAGUAGUUCAAAUAUCAAGUGAUGAAGCAAUAGAAACUGCAAAGCUUCUUGCCCUUAAAGAAGGCCUAUUUGUUGGGAUAUCAUCUGGAGCUGCGGCUGCAGCUGCCAUUAAGAUAGCAAAAAGACCAGAAAAUGCUGGAAAGCUUAUUGUUGUUGUUUUCCCUAGCUUUGGUGAGAGGUACCUGUCCUCUGUGCUGUUUGAGUCAGUGAGACGGGAAGCUGAAAGCCUGACUUUUGAACCAUGAAUUCAAAAUUGGUCGGUACUGAUUUGAGUGGAUGGAUUUCCACUGGCAAAGCCGGGUUGUGUCUGAAUUAAAAAUUACUUAAAGAAAAGAAUAAUUGUUAGUUUUGAAGCAGUUAUCUAUUCUCUAUUCAAUGUAUUUAUUCUCUAUUCAACAUAUUUACAAGAAUACUGAUGAAAAUUUAGAAGCCUUUUCUAUAAACUAAAUUUGAUUUUAUGGUCA